GAAAAUCAAAUCCCAUUAAUUAAAAGAUAUGACCCAUAUUUUAAUUAUACCCUUAAUUAUGGAUUAAGGAUGUAAUGGUCAAUUGCUGUACAGUGAACCUGGUAAAAAAAACAAUCCCCCUCUAAAAAACCACCAAAUUCCCAUAAACCCAAAACUCUCUACACACACACACUCUCUCUCUCUCUCUUUCUACUGCUGCCCUUUCCUUCCUCAAUUUCUCCCUCUCUUUCUCUUUACCUAUCCUACGGAGAAGGAAUGAGGGAUGACCCUCUUUUUAUAAACGCCGUAACGGACCCUCCCUAAAAACGCCGUUACUUCCCUACCCCUUUUCAGUCACGUGCCCUUCAAAAUUAAUCCCUUUCUUUUAAUUAUGGCUUUUGAGCAGCAAUUAAAUUUAACCCCAAUUACCGUUGACGGCGAGCAAAUUAACGGCGUUGACACUCGCCUAACCUCCAUCGACGGCGGAGAUGAUGGAAGCAAAGCCCCGAGACUCCCUCGUUGGACUAGGCAAGAGAUUCUGGUCCUCAUACAAGGCAAGAAAGUUGCAGAGAAUCGUGUCAGAAGAGGCCGGACCGCCGGCAUGGCUUUCGGGUCGGGUCAGGUUGAACCGAAGUGGGCAUCGGUCUCGUCGUACUGUAAAAGGCAUGGGGUAAACCGGGGACCGGUUCAGUGUCGCAAGAGGUGGAGCAAUUUAGCUGGUGAUUAUAAGAAGAUAAAAGAAUGGGAGUCUCAGAUACGCGAGGAAACGGAGUCGUUUUGGGUGAUGAGGAACGAUUUGAGGAGGGAAAGGAAAUUGCCGGGCUUUUUUGAUAGGGAGGUGUACGAUAUUCUCGAUGGAGUUGGGGGUGUCUCUGCGACCGCACCGGGUCUGGCUUUGGCUCUUACUCCCGCGCCGGAGCCAGCGGAUGAUGCGGAGGCCAUUUUUGAUAGUGGAAGGAGUGCCGCGGCGGAAGAUGGACUCUUUUCAGACUUUGAGCAAGAUGAGGCCGGUGGGAGCCCGGAAAAGGAGGCGGCGGUCGCUAAGGAGGUUCCGCCAAUAAAGACGGCAGCGGCAGGGGUUGCUGCUCCUUUGCCAAUCUCAGAGAAGCAGUACCAACCAUCUCAUCUAGCAGAUCAAGCUCAAGGUGGAACAAAUGAGAAACAGCCAGCUUCAAAUCCUGAAGUGGGUUCUGCUUCACAUGACAGUAGAAAGCGGAAACGGUUCACAGCAGAUGUGGAUGAAGAAACGGCCAACCUCCACAAUCAUUUGGUUGGUGUCUUAGAAAAGAACAGUAAGAUGCUUACUGCUCAACUUGAAGCACAGAACAACAAUUUCCAAUUGGACCGGGAGCAGCGUAAGGAUCAUGCUGAUAGCUUGGUUGCUGUUCUUAAUAAGCUUGCAGAUGCUCUUGGAAAGAUUGCAGAUAAGUUGUAGUAAAAAGGCAGUCAAGACUGUACAUAAUGAAAGCUCCUUUCCUAAUUCCAUAGAAGAUAGUUGAGGUUAUAGUAUUGGUGAAUUAAUUUUGAAGAUUUUUCUAGGAUCACAUUCAAGAUGGCUUUGACAUUUUUUUCUCUGAACAUUUUUUCUUUUAUAUUCGCCACUUUUGUGGCUUAGUGCCAUUAGAGGGUCCCAUACACAGGUAAUAAAGUUAUAGGUUUUAGGGUACACUACAUACCACAUUUCUGCUUCUUUAGUAAUUGACUUGGGAAUUUAUGUGGAUCUUGAUUCCUCGGGAUGUUCGGGAGAUUUGUACAGGUUAUUGAUUAUUUUCUCA